AUGAACAAUAACGAAGAACAGCCAAAAAAACCAAAUAAAAAGUUUGCUGUAGGUGACCUUCCACCAUCACCUACUACAAGUACGGGUACAAUACCAAAGAGACCUACAAGACAUCACGUUAAAAGACGUUCUAGUGGUCGAGUUCAUGUUUCUAAAUUAGCUCCAAUGGCAAGAGCUCAUAGCAGUACUAAUAUUGAUCCUGAGAAUAAUGAAGAAAAGAAGCCUACAACUAUGAAACGCUCUCAAUCCAAUAAAUCUUUAAAUCGACUUGGAUUAUCAGAACGCAAUAAAAAUAAUUUAACAGGCUUAACUCCUGCUAAUAAAGAAGAAGAGGUAGAAAAAGUUGUCAUCUCUCCUCCAACCACACCUCCCUUGUUGAUAUCCGAUAAAAAGCCUCCUACAUUCCCUGUUUCAAAUACAACACCCGCUGCACCUAUAGAACAAACACUUACUGUCACAGCAGAUGAUAUAUUAGUGACACCUGAUAACAAAAAGAGACAGUUAUUAAAAUCACAAUUUAUAGACCACCAACCAACAACAACAACUAUUACUCAACAGCCCUCAGAAAUAACAAGUACUCAGCAAAACUUAUUAUUACAACAGCAUCAAGAAAAUGAUAUGGCUCAUUCAAAAAAUAAAUUUCAAUUAACAAAGGAAAUAGAAAGAAUGGGUCGAGAAUAUCACUUUGUACCGUACUUUAUCUUCUACUUCCAUGACCACUAG